AUGCCGGAUCCCAAGUCGGCCAUCGCCGACGACCAUUCGGCUCCCGACCUGGAGAUCGUCGGCGACAAACUGACGAUUCACCCCUCCGGCUUCACAGGUGGUCCCGGCACGCAAGACGACCAGAUUACCGAACGCAACCUGGUGCGCCAUAUGGCGCGCUUUCGUGCAAACCCCUUUGACUUCCUGCGCGAAGUGAGCCUGUAUAUGUCCGGUACCGGCUGGCGUGCGUACGACGAUGUUAUCGGACAGCCCGUGUUCUAUUCGGGAUUCACUGACAGAAUGAAGUCUUUGAUUCUCGACAGCCCGCUGCUGAAGAACAAGGUCACCGAGUUGGCAAGCACUCGCCUCGCGGUGGAGGAGAAGGAAGGGUUAUUGGCAAUCCACGAGGGCAACUUGCCGCCCGAGGAGAAGCGCGCUCGCCGCAAGAAUGAACUUGAAGGCAAUCUCAAGCAGGUGGUGGACCGAAUGAUGGACAACAUGAUCUGCAAGAUGGAAAGCAAGAGGUUCAUUCGUGGCGCGUACUACAUGUGCACUCAGCUCUUGACCCGUGCCUACCACCAAGGAAUCCAUGUCUCCAGCGAGGAAGUUCUCCGUCUGAGAUCGGUCGCCGAAGCGGCUGCACAGAAGAAACAAUCGAUUGUCUUUUUGCCCUGUCACAAAUCUCAUGUCGACUAUGUCUCUCUCCAGCUCGUCUGCUAUCGGCUAGGCAUCGGUUUGCCCGUGGUCGUGGCUGGUGAUAAUCUGAAUAUCCCACUGUUAGGACCAUUCCUGCAGCAUGCAGGCGCCAUGUGGAUCCGCCGAAGCUUUGGGAACGAUCCUCUUUACAACACGGUUGUGCAAGCCUAUAUCGACACGCUUCUGCAGCAAGGGUUCAACUUUGAAUGCUUCAUCGAAGGGGGCCGUUCCAGAACCGGCAAACUUCUUUCUCCGAAAUUCGGAAUCCUCAGUUUCAUUCUGGACAGUUUGUUAUCGGGGCGGGUUGAGGAUACGAUUAUCUGUCCUGUGAGCACUCAAUAUGACAAGGUCAUUGAGACUGAAUCGUACAUCAGUGAACUUCUUGGACAGCCGAAGCAAAAGGAGAAUUUGUCCGAUCUCCUCUCGUCAUCCUCGGUCCUAUCAUUGAAGUUGGGCCGCGUGGAUGUCCGUUUCCACGCGCCAUGGAGUCUAAGGGAGUUCCUCACACAACAACUUACCCGGCUGGACAUCCCGAGCACGAAAGUCAACCAGAAACUUUCUUAUAAUGACCGGGGUCGAAUCCUGAGAACCCUGGGAUACCGGGUGCUGUCCGAGAUCAACGAUGUGUCCGUGAUGAUGCCAACAGCCCUUGUGGGGACGGUUCUUCUGACGUUGCGCGGGCGUGGAGUUGGUAAGGGCGAGCUGGUCCGGCGGUUGGACUGGCUCUGCGAUCGUGUGCGCGCCAAAGGCGGCAGAGUGGCCCACUUCUACCGCUCGCCAACAGAGAUGGUGGUUGACCGCGCAUUGGAUGUGAUGGGGCCGAAGCUCGUGGGCGAGGUUGCUGGCCUGGUUGAACCCACAUACUAUGCGGUCGACCGUUUCCAACUUUCCUUCUAUCGCAAUAUGCUGAUCCACCUCUUUAUCACCGAAGCGUUGGUAUCUGCUGCUAUGUAUACAAAGAUUAAGCAGGGUGGUGGGCCAACUAACCAACGAAUCACGUACGAAGCUCUAAGAAACCAGGUUUCUUUCCUUUCACAGCUUUUCCGUGGCGAAUUCAUCUUCCCGCCGGAUGGCUUGGCCACCAAUUUUGAGAAUACCCUGCGGGUCCUUGAGAAGGAUGAUGUGAUCAAGAUCACCCGGGACAACUCAGGAACGCCAACCUACGUCGAAUUAAGUGACAAGGAACGAUCCUGUGGACGCGAGAACUAUGAUUUCUACUGUUUCUUGAUCUGGCCAUUUAUAGAGGCUUCCUGGCUCGGCGCAGUCUCUCUCCUAGGACUCACACCGCCCCUUGAUGGACCAAAUGACGCAUGGCUCGAUAUGAAGAAGACCCAAGACAGUGCGCAGCAUCUGGGCAAAACCCUCUACCAUCAAGGAGACCUGUCAUACUUCGAAGCAGUCAAUAAGGAGACGCUCAAGAACUCCUACCAACGAUUUGAAGAGGAAGGCAUCAUCCUUGUCUCCAGGAGCAAAGAAUCGCGUGCAGGGCCUUCUUUGAGACUUGCUCCCGAAUGGACCCCGGAGCGAGACCCAAGCACUGGCAAAGUGCUAGAUCGUGGGCGUCUGUGGGACUUUACGGAGCUGAUCGCGCAGUCCCGUCGUGAGGGAAAAAACCGUCGAGACGGAGCGACCGUCUCCUCCCGUGUCCUGACCAUGUCCGACCUCGUCGGACGACAGCUCUUCACCGGCGCCGCUGCUCCUGCCCCUGGCGAUGUAUCCUCACGGCAGAUGCGCCGCAAGGCAAUUGCGACUGAUUCCAAGCUCUAA